AUGCAGCUUUCAAAAGAAGAAUGGCUUCGAAAUAAAGUAAAGGAUUCAGAAAAUUCAACACUAGGUAUUGAUGCUAAGGCCUCCAUUUCUGAAGAAUUAGAGAAAUUGAGAGCCACUAUUGCUAACCAGGAGAGCCUAAUUAAUGGUUUCCAAAAAGAGAACGAGCGUCUCUAUAAUGAACUGAAGAAGCGAAAGGCAUCUCAAGGAGAAGGGGCCAAGUUGAUAGACCCUUCUGUUGCUUGUGGAGAUGAUUCCCAAAUUUCAUGUGUUUCUGAAAAUGGUACAAAAGAAAGUCUGGAGACAGCUCGUCGCCUAGUACAGGAAAACACUCUCUUGAGACUUGAAAUGCAUCAACUUAUUCAAGAAACUGGCUAUCUCAAGGAAGCUCUGAAAAAGAAUAAUGCUCAUCUUGGAUCCUCUAAUUUUGAUCAGUUAGAGCAAGGUGAAUGA